AUGGAGAAACCUGAUGGUCUCUGGAUCCCCAAGAAAAGCAACAAAGACUCAUCGUGGGAAGAGUUGGCUUUCGCGGAAGACGAUGCCGCCGGAUCUUUGUGGCCGCCGAGAUCUUACAUGUGUAGCUUUUGCCGGAGAGAGUUUAGAUCGGCCCAAGCUCUCGGUGGCCACAUGAAUGUUCACCGACGAGACAGAGCACGGCUUAAGCAGUCCGAUGAUCAAUUCUUGUUUUCCAAGUCGUCUUCUUCUCCGGAGUAUCCAUCUCACAACAACAGCGAUGAUAUUCGUGAAACCUCUUGCUAUACUUUGGUUUUCAACUCCAAUCCUAAUCAUUUUAAGUCUCAAAAAUCUUGUGUUAUUGAUCUUUCUUCUUCUUUACCGUACUUGACUCCUUCUAGGGUUUCUUCUGGUUUGUCUCGAAAUCAAGACACUUCUUCCUCUUCUCCUUCUUUUGUUGUUGAACCUUCCAAGAAUUCUAAAAAGAUUCACUCUUCUUCCCCAUGGUCGUACCCGGGUCAUUCUGUGGAGCAGAAGCGUUGUGACCUUUAUGAAUCUCCCGUUAAAGAAGGAGACAAGAAGAGAAAGAUGGACCGAGAUAUACCGAAAACCACGGAUAAGGCAAAAGUUCAUCUAGGAAACAGCACUGAUCUCUCGGUGAGCAUGAAUCUGGUGAUCCACCAGAGUUUUCCGAUUACUGCCCAUGACGGUGAUGAAGAGAUUUCGAGGGGUAAUAUCCAUAAGAGAAGACGUAUGCGGGAGAGUUCUUCGCAGCCGGAAAUUUUCAUUUCAAGUUUAUCUUGUAAGAGUGACAUAGCUACAAGAAACGAGGAGCGUAAACACAAGGGUGAUCACUUUGAGGAUUUAGAUCUUGAGCUUAGGCUAGGGACCGAUCCACCAAAGGGAAACUGA